AUGGCUCCCCAACAUAUCACUUUCAUCGGCAUCGGCAACAUGGGCAAUGCUCUCGCGCAGACAUUGCACAAGGCCGGCCAUUCGACGACUAUCUUGAACAGAAAAAGGCACCGUCUCCAAGUCGACAAAGUCAUGGAACUCGGAGCCGAAUUGGAACAAGACGCCGAGAUUGCCAUCAGCCGCAGUGGAGGGCCGGUCAUGGUCUGCGUGCUCGACCACGACGCCAUCUACAAAGACCCUCGACAGGGUUCCAUCGUUUUGCCGGGAAAACAGUCGUCAACCUCACCAACGGCUCCAUUGUGCCUUGUAUCGAGCUCCUGA